AUGGCUGCAGGUUGUUUUUUUAUCUUUGCAUUGUGCUUGGCUUUGGGACAAGCCAGGUUUUACAGACCACUUCAGAUGAGCCAAUACCAUCAUGCAGUGGAACUUCACCAACAAGGGAAACCCACCAGCAGACACAAGAACCACUGCGCCUACGUAGUGGAAAAGACAAUGUCCUUCACAAUGCAAGAUGGAGUGGCACCUUAUGUCAAAGCCGAGUACAACAAGUGUUCCUGGGGGAAAAAAUGUCCAACGCUUUUGUAUCGCAUGAUGUACAAACCAAUCUACAAAGUGGCACAUAAAACUGUCACAGAACUGGAGUGGCGUUGUUGUCCGGGGUACUCAGGAUACAACUGUAUGGAGGGUCCCCCAGUUUAUCACCAUCCAGUGAAAAGUAUGCCACCUUUCAAGGGGCCACCAUCUUUUAAAGGCCCACAAUUUAAGGGGCCACCUAGAAAGGGCCCUAUCUUUAAGGGUCCUGCACAUAAAGGUCCAAUGCUAAAAGGACCAAUGUUUAAGGGUCCUGCACAUAAAGGUCCAAUGCAAAAAGGCCCAAUGUUUAAGGGCCCUAUGAUGAAAGGCCCAAUGCUCAAAGGCCCACCCAUCAAUUAUGGUAUGAAAUCUAGCCAACGGCUGCAACCCAAAGGACCUCCAAGCAGCAUCCAUCACUACCCAAUGCGUCAGUUUGGACCCCCAGCAUCUUCUUCAUUUCCAGCCACCUCAUUUGAACCUUAUCCAUCCGAGCCAGAACCAGAUCACUUGGAAACACAUGAGCCAGAGCUAGAUCACAUAGAAGCACACCACCCAGAUCCAGACCACAUUGAAGCGCAUCACCCAGAAGCAGACCAUAUUGAAACGCAUCUAUCGGAACCAGAUCACAUAGAAACACAUCACAGAGAACCGGAUCACAUUGACUCCCUGCAGACAGACGUGGAAGAGAACCAUGAGCUUGAGCAGAGUCUGGGACCACGACGUCAUGUGCCACAGGAGGCCACUCCCAUCUCUGAAGGUGAAGAGACUCCCGGACAGACCGCAGGUCAAGCUCUGGACCCUGAAACUGAGGAACGGUUAUACAGAAUGGAGGAGGAUGUCCGACGUCUAAACCAGGGCUUCGAGACACUAAGGGGGACUGUGAAUGGACUGGAAGAAAGUCUGCGGGCUUCAUUACGAGAGGAUGCCAACAGGAUGCUCUCAGCUCUUCUCUCUGCAGGUCCCGGUCCAGUUGCUGCUCAAGCUGUAUCUUCAAGUUCCUCCACAGUAGGUUUUGUGGAAAUCCCCGGGGGUGAUCCACAAAUCGUCGGUCUGGACAGCAGGCAUGUCAUUCCUAGCCUCACAGAUCUCAAUAGCAAAGUAGAAGAGUUAAGGAGUGAAUUGAAAACCAAGAUUACUGAGCUGCAGGAACUGAAAGCCACAAUUCUGACUCAUGACGGAGCACUGAGGAGGAUUGCAAAUGGAGAAAGUGUCAAUUCUCCAGUUUCUCCACACACUGUGGAGAAACUAUUAGAUGACAAAUUGAAUGCCGCUAGAGUGGACAUUUUGGGUGGGUUUGAGAAGCGUGUGGAGACGGUGGAGGGAAGAUGUGAGGAGAAGGCUGGGGAUGUGCAGCGUCUGUGUCAGAGGGAGCAAAGUGAGAGUCAAAAGGAAAUGGAAUCUACACUGGAAGAAACCAGCGUUGAUUUAAAGACCGAGCUGAGGAACCUCCAGACACAGAUUCAAGGAAUUCAGGCAGAUAGCUGCUGUACGAUGAUGAGCGGGCUGGGUGAGAGGGUGCAGUUGCUGGAGGCGUCACUGGCUGGCCUGAAUCAGUCCCAGAGCCAUCUGAGGGUAGAACUGGGUUCACAUAAAGACCACAUCGAGGGAAUACUGGAGGGCCGGUUGGCGUAUGUAGAGUCCAAGCUUAAUUUGACUGGUCAGCUGAAGAAUGAUGAGUAUGGUCAGAGGCAUAUUAGCUUAGACCCAGUUGAGGAGGGACAUGGCAUGGAGGCUCGCAUGGAGGGGAAGAUGAAGGCACUAGAAGGUCGCCUACUGACAGCUUUGGAAGAGCUUGGCAAUGCUACUGCCCCAGUCCUCCUGGAGGGCCAUGCAGUUCCAACCCUGGAGCUGGAGUUGGAGUCACUUCGUGGAAGACUUGAAAUGGAUGUGGACAGACUUCAGAAACAACUCAUCGGCCUUGAGAGUCUUUGCUCCUCCUCUUGUUCAACGCCUCCCAACACGAUAUCUACUCAGAAAGAGUCUGAUAGUAGGAGUGGAAAUGUUGAAGAGGAAAUGGGACUGCAUGAGGACCGCCUUGAUAUCCUCAACACGACAAUGCAGAACAUCAUGAGACAUCUGGAGCGCACGAACCAGCAGGCCCAAGAGGAAGGAGAGCCAUCCGUACAGGGAGCCCUGACGCUUCUGCAGUUCAAUGUGCACUCAGUCAACAGAACCCUCAAAGGCCUUCAGGACUCUCUUGGGUCUGUGGUCCAUCAAGUCGGUCAAGCAAACAACUCUUGGCAUGAAAGAGAGGCUCGUCUGGCUCAGCAGAUGAAGGGAGUGGUCCAGCUGGUUGGACAUCAAGCUUCCAUGCUUGGGACAGGUGAGCGGAGGCUGACCCGACUGAAGAGCGAGCUCCAGGAGAUGAAGCGACGCCUGGUGGAGGAGGUGCGAGGUUGCCGAAGCACAGCCAUGGGUGUGAAGAAAGAGGUAUCUGAGGUCGGGGGCCGCGUGGCCACUGUUGAAGACAAGUGCAAGGGUCUGAACUUCUUGGCUGAGGACCUGGAGACCAUCAGGCAGGAGUUGGAAAAACAAUCAAACGGGCUUCUCCUCCAGUUUAAUGGCACACUCUCAAAUCACGCACGGCAGCUCUCUGACCUUCGCAGCGAACUCAGAAAUUGCACGAUGAGACUGGAGUCAACACAAGUUUUACAGCUGGAGGAUGAUUCUAGAAGAGGGGACACUUUUACUUCAAAUUAG